AUGUCUAAUAAGCAAAUUAUCUACACCACUCCACCUGCCCCGGCUAUCAACCCCUCUCUCAGCAAUGGAACCUUCCGUCUAAACACACUCCCCAUCCCCAAAGAUGUACCCACAGACAAACUGCUUGUGCGCGUGCACUACCUCUCCCUUGACCCAGCCAUGCGCCAAUGGCUAACCGCUAAACGCUCCUACAUCGCCCCAGUCGAGCAAGGCGCCGUGAUGCGCGGGCAGAGCAUCGCCCAAGUCAUCGCCGUCGGCAGCGGGCUGGCAUCCAAGUACAGCGCAGGCGACUGGGUCGUCGCCUACUCUGGCUGGCAGGAGUACGCGCUUAUAGGCGCCAAAGAAGCAGAUAAGGUACUCGUGCCUGCGGGCGGACGUCCCACCGACGCGAUGUCCGUGCUCGGCAUGACGGGCCUGACCGCGUACUUCGGUAUGGUGGAAGUCGGGCAGCCGAAGAAGGGCGACACGGUUGUUGUUUCUGGUGCUGCGGGAGCGACGGGAAUGGUUGCCGGCCAGAUUGCGCGCAUCAAGGGCGCCAAACGCGUGGUCGGUUUGGCGGGGAGUAAGGAGAAGUGUGAUUUCCUGGUUCGGGAGUUGGGCUUUGAUGCGGCGGUUAAUUAUAAGGAUGCCGAUUGGCGGAAGCAGUUGAAGGAGGCUACCCCGGAGUACAUUGAUGUCUUUUUUGAUAAUACUGGCGGUGAUAUCUUGGAUGCUUGCUUGGCUCGGGCCGCUAAGGAUUCGCGCUUUGCGAUCUGUGGCGCUAUCAGUCAGUAUAAUGCGGCUAAGCCGCAGGGUCCGGCGAGUUUCAUGAAUGUUAUUUCGCAACGCAUCACUAUGAAGGGUUUCAUUGUCUUUGAUUUCGCGAAGCAGUACCCGGCUGCUCUCAAGGAGCUGGGCUCUUGGUUGGCUGAGGGUAAGCUGAAGCGCAAGGAGCAUAUCGUGCCCGGUGGUUUGGAGGCGGCGCCACAGGCUCUCAUUGACCUGUAUGCUGGUGCCAACACUGGUAAGAUGAUGGUGGAGGUUGCACCAGUCAGCGAGGCAUUGGCGGCAAAGGCCAAGCUUUGA